AUGGCAGCUUUCAAGCUCUUGAGCGGUAUGGACGACGUGGCGCUGAAGCCUCGUCUACUCCUCACGCUGAUGAAUGAAGAUCUUCCCGACGAGAACAGGCCGCUGGAGCCGUCGAAGCUGUCGAGGGUCGUGCCGAUGAUUAGAACCCACAAGCUCCUGUCGGAACGCUCCUUGGGGACAAUGUCGCCGGAGGGAAUUGAACAGUGGGAGUCCGCCGUCGAUGACUGGGUAGAUCGGCUGCGGUCACUCGUGGCUUCAGUACACAUGCCAGAAAAAUGUUGGGCUGGUAUAUGUUUGGUAGGAGUAACCAUUGAAGAGUGCAGCUCUGAGCGUCUCGCGAUAUCAUGGGAGGCCUGGUUUGACCAACUUGUAUCAAUCAUGCAGCGUUCUGGCAAUUCGCCAUCUCUGAAGGUGGCUUCUUGUGCAUCGAUCUCGCAUCUGCUUACAAGGUUGUCUGGAUCCCCGGAGUGGAAGAGAGAUUGCAGCGCUCGUGCUAGGAAACUCGCUGAACUACUUCUGAAGAUGUUGAAUGAAGAUAAUCCUCACACUUUACAGGAAAGUGCAGUGCAUCUGUUAUGCACUAUCAUAACUACAUUUCCAGCCUCUCUUUGUGGAUAUAGUGACAUAGUGGAAAAAGCAAUUACGUCAAAACUGAUCUCAGGCAAUGACAGUCCUGAUUUGCAGAAGAAGCUUGCCCAUGCCCUGGCAUUACUUCCCAAUAUUAACCGAGGCAAAGAUAGGUGGCUUUCAAUACUCAAGAAUAUUCUGUGGCUGCUGAAUGGUUCAUUAACUGAUGCCUUCCGUGGAAUGGAGGAAAAAAGUAAAGGGGACGCAGCAACUAAAUUUUUGGGGGGAAAGCCAGGAAUGAUUUGGAAUCAAAAGUUGGAAGAAAAUGUUUUGGGCGCGGAAAAAAGGAUGGCUAAAUUACACACUGCCAUGUUACUGAUGUCCAGUUGUUUAACAAUGCUUGCAAAUUCAUACCAUGUCCAGGUAAAGCUUCCUGUUCGGUCACUGUUAGCCCUUGCGGAAAGGGUCGUCAUGGUUCAUGGUUCUUUGCCAGAUGCCAAGUUGCUUGCAGCCGAACAAGAGUGUGUGUGUUCAGAGCUCCCUGCUCUGCAUUCAUAUGCUCUAGAGCUCCUCUCUUCUGUAAUAGAGUGCUUGCGCAGUCAACUACUGCCGCAUGCUGCAGAUAUUAUCCAACUUGUUACAAAGUAUUCGAGCAGGUGUCAAAUGCCAGAGUUGAGAGUAAAGCUGUAUUCAAUUUUUCAGAUGCUGCUCAUAUAUGGAGGUGCCGGUAUGACAAUCUAUAUCGGGCAAAUGGUCGUCGACAAUGCCCUCGUUGAUCUGAAUGUUAUUGCUGCUCAUGCAAAUGAGAACAAGUCAGCUGUAAAUUCAGUAAAAAAAGCUGCACUCGAGGCGAUAAAAGCUUUACUAACCGUGGGUGGUGCUCUUGGAUCUCAACCUUGGCGAUCUAGUAUUGAUAAUCUUGUAAUGAACAUGGCGAGCAAGAGUUGUACAGAUAGAUGGAGGAAUGAAAGGAGUGUCUCGUCCAAAGACCACCUUUCGAUGGAUUCAGAUAUUCAAUUUGCAGUACUGGAGGCACUUUUGGCAUCUCUCCUUUCCUCAACUCACACUCGCCCCCUUCAUUUAGGGCAAAGCCUUGAGCUUUUCAAUAGAGGCAGGCGAGAGGCAGGAUUGAAGAUCUCCGAAUUCUGUACCCACGCACUCUUAGCCUUGGAAGUGCUCAUCCAUCCCCGCGCAUUGCCAUUGAUAGACCCUCUCUCCAUGAACCCAAGCACGCCAUUUUCCAGAUGCAAUGAUCAUGAACCAGCGCUUGAUGGCAGCCACCCUGAUCCAACAACCAGUGACAUACUAAUCCAGAGAUGGAGACUCGACACCAUGGAAACCGAAGAAACUGUUUGUGAAACAACCAGAGUCGAUCAUCCAUCAGGACAGAACACUUCCACGGGUAAUACAGAGGUCGAGAUGACCGAUGAAACUCCGAUGAUGAUGCACCAUGCACAGCCUAAUAAUGAAACAACACAACCACAACCACAGCCUCAGGAACCUGGUUUCUUAGAAGAAAUCGACAUGGAAGAAGAAGAAGAAGAAGAAGAAGAAGAAACUGCAUCCGAAACAGGCAGAAUCGUUCAUCAAUCAGGACAUAACCCUUCUGAAGCUAAUGCAGGGGCGGAUAUGAAUGAUGAAGCUGCAAUGAUGGUGGAUUACGACGUGGAUGAAGGAUCGGAGAGAACGGAAGAUUUUGCUGAAUCAGAUAAUGAGUCAACAGAUUCAGCUCCAUGUAUCAAGAGAGUUCCCCCGGAUUCAAAGCUGUUGGGGAACCUUACACGGCGCCACCUUCUGGUUGGUGCUGUGGGUUCAAAGCAAAAGCUGAAGUGA